AUGGGAAGAAACUUUGGUCUAGAGUUUCUGGAAGAAGUUUCCAAGUUUGGAAGUAAAACUGCAUUGAUUUGGCGAGACAAUGAAAUUCCAUUUGAUGAUUUACGGAAGCUUGUGGAAAAAUGGAAAAAUAUAUUGGAAAGGCAGAAGAAAAGAUCCACAAACCUUUUUCGUGUUUCCAUCUUUUGCCAGAACUCGCCUGACAUAUUAGCCAUAAUAAUUGCAUCACAACUAGUGGGAAUUACAGUAAUCCCACUCAAUCCAUCAUAUAAGAAAUAUGAAAUCGAAAAGUACCUUCGAGAAAGUAGCUCAAACUUUGUUAUAGUCGGCGAUGACGUGGAAUUGGAGAAGUUUGAGGAUUUUGAGAUUCAUACGAUUUCUGAGUUGUUAUUUGAAAACUUUGCUGAAGAAAUUGAUGAAUCAAAUUCUGCUGGAGUCAUUGUAUUUUUUAGUUCUGGAACCACAGGACCUCCAAAGCUUUUUGAAUAUUGUCAAAGAAUUAUGUGUUCUCAAAUAGAUCAAAUCAAAGCAAUUCAAGCAAGUCCCAAGUUCUUCUCCCCUGUGGAAUCGGAUAUCUGCUAUGGAGUUCUUCCAUUUUUUCAUGCUGGAGGUCUUAUUACAAUCCUCUCAAUGUUAUAUACUGGAUGCACUGUUGUCAUAAAUGAGAGAUGGAGUGACAAUGAGUUUCUUUCAAACUGCCAGGAGUUUAAGGUUACUGUACUUUUCCUUGUUCCACCCGUUCUCAAUUUUUUCGCUAAUCAUCCAUUAGUUUCUUCAUUUGAUUUGUCAUCUCUGAAGACUAUUUUUGUGGGAGCUGCUGCCAGUCCACCGGAACACUUUUUAAAAAUUGCUGAGCGAUUUCCACAUUUAGAAAACCUGAUUCAAUUAUACGGAUCCACUGAAUGUGGUGUACUCAUUUGCAGUACUGGAAAAGGAAUCACAAAUGGCAAGAGUGUUGGACUACCGUAUCCUUCUGUAGAACUGAAAUUGAGAGUGGAAACAGGGGAAAUACUAGUGAAAUCCAAAACUGCAGUGGAGGAAGGAUUCAUGGAAACUGGAGAUAUUGGAUGUUUCAGCUACAGACUCAACGAAUUGAUGAUAAUCGGAAGACUGAAAGAAAUGAUGAAAGUACGUGGCUGGCAAGUUAAUCCGAUUGAAAUUGAAGAAGUGGUUAUGAAAGUGGAUGGUGUUGUGGAUUGUGCUGUGUAUCAGAGUGCUAUUCCUGACAAGUUAAUAGCAAAAGUCAUUGGUAAUCCUGACUUGAAACAAGAGAUUAUGAAGAUUGUCAAAGAACACUUGGCUUCUUAUAAACAACUCAGUGACGUCGUUUUUGUAUCAGAACUUCCGCGAAAUUCGUCUGGAAAGUUGAUGCGACAUCAUCUACUCCAAUAA